AACCAUCGCCGCCAGCAGCAGUAAACAUUUAUUUUCAGAAAAGUUCUUCCCCAAUUUUAGAGCUAAAUUAGCGGCGACAUACAUUAUUGAAUCAAGCAAAUGUGUUAGCGCAAGCAUGAGUACCCUUCAUGCAAAAAUAGAAAACAUUUGCAGGCUCUGCUUGUCCGGCGAUGACAACUUGGAAUCUAUUUUUGGUGAUAGUGGAAACGAACUGCUGCAAGUGAUAAUUUAUGACUGCACAUCGGUCAAGGUAUCCGCUAAACUUGGAUAUCCUACAUCUAUAUGUACGCCAUGCAAAGGUAAAGUGGAAAACUUCUACCGAUUCCGUGAGCAGUGCAUUCAAAACGAUGAAUAUUUACGAUCGACCUUUCUCGAACCGGAGGUGGUUAUAAAAACAGAACCGGAUUAUGUCAUCGCCACCGGAUACGAGGAAGAUGAUGGGGACGACGACGAUGAUAUCAAUGAGGACGACAUUGAGGAAUGGGAUGAGUCGGAAUCGAACGAAGCUCUCGAGGAGAUGCAGAUCGAUGGAAGAUCGGUGGAUGGUGACAUUACAGCGCAGUCGGAUUAUCUGCUUGGGAACGGGCUUGAUUUCUCGGGUAAUCUCACGCCCACCCAUAUGUUCAAAUGCGAAUUCUGCUCGACCGAGUUCCCCAUUCUGGAACAACUCGAAAAACACAUCAUAAAUCACAAGGAGGAGAAGAUAUUUAAAUGUUUCUAUUGUCCAAAGACGUUUCAUUUCGCUAAGAAUUUAAACAUGCAUGUGGAGUACAUUCACUCGAAGGUGAAAUAUUCCCAGAAAAGCAUUAGUAGGAGCAUCAGCUUCGCACAGAAUCUUCUAGUCAGCAACGAUAAGGGCACAAGUUUGUCGAACAAUACCGGUAGCAUAAAUAUCAACAACAACAAUAUCAGCGGUCGCAGUGCAAAAUCAUUGCAAUCGCAAUCGUUUGCAUCAGCAAAUCGUUUGGGGUCUACCCGUAUUAGCAAUCAUGAGUGUCACGUGUGCCACAAAUCGUUCAGUGAUCUUCGCCAACAUAUGCUACUGCACGACGGUGAGAAACCCUACAAAUGUGAUAUAUGCUCCAAAUCUUUCUUCAAUGCAUCUACCCUUAAAACCCACUAUCGUGUACAUAGCGACGAGAAUCCGUUCCGUUGCACCACGUGUACUAAAGUAUUUGAUAACGCCCGCAGCUUGGAACUUCACUACCGCACCCAUACGGGUGAGCGUCCUUAUUCGUGUGAUGUGUGUCUGAAAAAAUUUUCCUGCUCUUCGAAUCUUAAACGCCACCGGAAAUUACACGACCGAGAUUGAGGACUUAAAAAGUGAUGGCAGGAUGCGUCAUGAAAAUAUUGUUAAUAGCAGCCAAAACCAAAUAUUUGGCGAAACUUGACCAACAAGGUGAAGUUGAAGAGUUACACAUUACUAGCUAAGCGAUUACAUUUUCAAACGCACAGUAAACGAAAUGCGUUUCUCCUAACCAGGCAGCCGAGUAUCUGCAUUUAACCGUAACGUAUCAGACGAAGGCAUUUUAGGGCCGCGCAGCCUCAGCAAAACUGUUAGCUAAUCAAUAGUAGUAUAAUCGCCAACAAAUUAAGGUAAACAUUGAGGAGGGAAAAUAUCACACUCACCAUCACAGGGUGUUGUCAUCAAAUGCUAAUCCUACCCCCACAAGAGCAUGUAAAGUAUCUAAGUCAUUGUAUUUAUUUUUAACUUAUUGUCUAGUCGUUAUUCAAAGAUUUUAGUGCGUAACAAAAUAUGUUUUUAUUUACUUGUUGGCUUAUGGAUAAGAAAGCUAUUACAUCCGCAAUAUCAGCACAUUGUACGAAUAUUAUCACUAUUAAAGUGACGAUUGAAUCGUCGAAACGACCUUACCAUUGUUUA